GGUUGCAUCGUUCUUAUUACCCGCUCUUGAAAACGAGAAGACAAAAACUUGUGGAUUUUUUAUUGUGCCUCGAAAAAUGGCUCAUUCCUUCCAAAUUCGAGCGACCCGGUGUUUCAUCGUUUUUUUUGUGUUGAGAAGCAUCGUUGGCAACCCAGUGAACGACGAAAAUCUCCACGACUCAGUUGAGACGAACGAGGGAAAUAUUUAUCCCGAAUACGUCGAUUCGACGUUUUACAAUUACGGAAGAGAAAAUGAUAACAAAUCGGAAGAAAUCGAGGCGGAAGUGAGUACGAAUUUCGGGAACCGUGGAAAAGCGUAUGGAGGAGCCCCGCCGACGAGACAAUACGGAUAUUGGUUGUCACCGUGGACAGCUCGCAACCGUGAAUUUUCUUUCACCGGUUUUCUCGAAUCGAUGUUAGACGUUGUGACCGGUGGCUUGAGUUCGAUCGUCAGCAAUGUGAUUGGGGGUGAUCCAAAGAGUCGUAAACCCCGAACGAAUCGUGUUAGCUACAAAGGUCAUCAACUCAUCAGAAUUACUCCUACGACCAAGGGCCAAGUCAAGGACCUUGUCGAUCUCAAGGACUCGGAAGGCGAAGACGUGAGAUUUUGGUCUCCGCCGUUGGGCAAUAAGUCGACGGACAUACUUAUUUCGCCGGACAUAAUACCAGACGUGAAAGAUUUUUUACGGGAGAAGAACAUUGACUUUACAGUUAUGAUUCCUGAUCUCCAGAAAACUAUCGCAUAUCAAAAUCCUAAGAUGUCGAAAGAGCAGAGGGACGAUCUUCUCAAUAAUCAGGGGCAUCCGAUGACCUGGAAGCGCUAUCAUCGAUUCGGUGAAAUAUUAAAGUAUCUCGAAUACUUGGCCUUCAGGUAUCCUCACUUGGUCGAGCUCAUUACGAUCGGGCGCAGUUUUGAAGGACAACCCCUUCAGGUUGUCAAAGUCUCGAGCGGUCCGACGAAGGAUGGGAGGACGAAGCCGGUGCUUUGGAUCGACGCAGGUAUGCAUGCAAGAGAAUGGAUCGGCACAGCCGUCGCGACUUACAUACUCAAUCAAUUGGUCGAAAAAAAUAACACGUACUCGAAGUUGCUCGAUAUCAGCGAUUGGAUGAUCCUCCCGGUCGUUAAUCCCGAUGGCUACGAAUUUAGUCACACAGGUGAUCGACUUUGGCGCAAAACUCGAAGCAGCCAUGCCGAUAACGACAACGAGGCGAGGUACACACCUGCAGGUUUAUUUUACAUGGUUUCCCAUUACACAAAGUGGCUGUUUUCCCGAUGCGAUGGUGUCGAUCCAAACAGAAAUUUUGGCUAUCAUUGGGGCGAGGACAAAGAAGGUGGAAUGAGCAAAGAUCCUUGUCACGAAACUUACGCAGGUCCGAAUGCCUUCUCGGAGCCCGAGACAAAAGCGAUGGCCGAUUUCAUCAUGGAAAAUCGUGAAAAUAUCAGGUUAUAUCUGACUCUGCAUUCGUACUCGCAAAUGUGGCUCGUGCCUUGGGGCCACACGAGAAGUCGUCCCGACGAUUAUUCGGAACUUUCGAGUGUUGCGAAAAAAGCUGCGAAAGCCAUGGGCAAAGUCCACGGAACGAGCUACAAGGUUGGACCUUCCGCAGAAUUGCUGUAUCCUACCUCAGGUGCGUCGGAUGAUUGGGCGAAAGGUGUAGCCGGAAUAAAAUAUUCGUACACUUUGGAGCUCCGUGAUCGUGGAACUUACGGCUUUUUAUUACCAGCCACGCAAAUAAUCCCAACAGCGAGGGAAACGUGGGCGGGAAUUCGUACGCUGGCACGUGCCGUAACAGCAGCGACAAACACCUGAAACUAAAUAUCGAAAAAAAUGUUGAAUAUUUUCCUAGGUUUGAUGAAAUCUGGUUUGCCACUUUUCUCAAACUGAAACUUCAAGACUCUGUAUUUAUUUGUUAUUAGCGAAUUAGUUUUAAAAGGAUUGUAGAAAAAUAGCGUAAAGAUUAGGCGAAGUCAGCGAUCAGGAGAUUUUUUCAUGCGAACUACAGCGCUAAAAGCUGAAGUACGAUAAAGAAGAUUGAAAAAUUUCCUGAACAUACAAACGCCACGGCAGUUUACGAAAUACUUGUAAAAACAAUAAUCUCCACCGCCAUCAAGUCAUCUUUUGAAAAAGCAUUUUUUAAAGAUUGGCUCCAAUAAUCAGUCGAAAACGAAAGAAGUCAAAGAAGGUUCCUGAUCAUGGUCCUCGAAAUCUGAUAAAAUCGGAUAUUUCUAACAAUGACAUUUAACGUUAUCAUUUUCAGUACAUUUUGGGAAUUGAAUUUGAAAAAAAAAAAAUGUUUUCACUGCAUUUGAAAUUUUGAGCGGAUUAUGAGAUCCGUAAAACUAUGAGCACUUCACAUUCGAAGAAUUAUUGCACGAGAAUAUGGAGGCCGAGAAAUUAUUUAGAAAUUUAUAUCCCAAGGGAAAAAAGUUGACUUGGCAUUUUCAUUUUUGAAAAGAAUUUGUUCAACUCACGAGUUUAUUUUGAUGGCAAGUCGAAUGUGGAAGUAAAUUUAAAUCUGUUAAUACUAAUUGGAUGGACGUCUGAUCAAUUUUAUCUGUCGAAAUAAACAAUUGCAAUGAUUUUCA